AUGGCGCCUCAUCUCUGCCAGGUUGGUACAGAGAAUAGACUGUAUAACGCUAAGCAUUACGACCCGGAUACCACUGAGCCAAUCAGCUCCGGCCUUCAGUCCCUGGAGGAGCUGCUGUCGUGGAAACGCAGCGAGGCCAACCCCUUUAACGUGGCAACGGUGCCCCUGGCCGAUCGGGAGCCUUCUCUGGAGACUGCUGUGAAGAACACUCCUCUGUUUCUACGUUACCUGACUGACCAGAUGCACGAGAGAGUCCCUGGUAGUAUGGUCCUCUGGUAUGACUCUGUCCUGGAGAACGGACAGCUCAAAUGGCAGAAUGAACUCAACCCAUCCAACAGAGUGUUUUUCUCAGCGUGUGAUGGUAUCUUCACCAACUAUAACUGGACAGAGCAGAGCCUGGAGAGAAUGAAGGUCUACUCAGCUGCUCAGGGCCGUCUGGCGGACAUCUUUGUUGGGGUGGACGUGUUCGCCAGGGGAGAGGUGGUGGGAGGGAAGCUGGAGACUAAUAAGGCUCUGGAGCUGAUUCGUAAACAUGACUUCUCUACGGCCAUCUUUGCUCCAGGCUGGGUGUACGAGACCAUCCCAGACAAGACUGACUUCAGGAAGGAACAGGACAAGUUCUGGUCUCUGCUGUCUGACUUCCUGUAUGUCCACCGGCCCUCGUCGCCCCUCCCUUUCAUCUCCUCCUUCUGCCAGGGUGCUGGGACCAGCCUCUACUGGAGGGGACAGCGUGAGGUGGAUCGUAGCUGGUUCAACCUGGAUGCCCAGGAGCUGCAACCCCUAUACUACAGAGAGACUGGAGGGGAGGGCUGGCUGAGGACCCAGGGCUGCCCUGAAGAUGCCUGGAGCGGGGGCAGCUCUCUGCUCGUAGAGGGACUCAUACCCUCCAUGCUGACCAAAGUCUGCGCCAGGAUAUUUUCUCUCCAGGUACCUCUAUCCUCCAGGGUCUUUGUGUCUCUGAUCUAUAAGCCGUCUCCUGGGGUCACUGUCUCUCUGGAGUUAAAGACUACUGACGCUAAACUCUGCACACACAGUGGUGUUCAGGAUAUACCUAGUGACAGUAUUGAGCCUGCUGCUUUAACAGAGGACCACCCGUUGGUGAGACAGUUCUCUCAGAGCUGUGGACAGUGGAACCCAGACGGAUGGACUGUCAGGUGUUCCCAGUUGGAGCUGCAGGACUGUGCUCUGAGGGAUGUGUGUGUGAACGUGCUGCGUGAUGGCGGAGAUCAGAACACACCCUUCAAAUGCCGGGUCGGAGAGAUUAUGAUCCUGGAUGCUGAGUCCCUCUCCGUUCCUCCCCUCCCAGUCCAGAGUGUGUGUGUCUAUGACGUGGUGUGGCUGAGGGGCGCUGAUAAACUUCACCUCAACACCACCCUGCGCUGGCGCUACCCUGCCCAGCUCGUACGCCACUUCCUGGUGUACUGGCGCCGGGUGAGGGGUCCAGACCCCCGGAUCCCAUCUGGCAGGCUGGCCCUGAUUGGCCGAGCCUACUCCCCCUUGUUCCGGGUGACUGAGCUGGCAGUUCCGGAACCUCCGGGUCUUCUAGAACUGGUGGUGGAACCCGUGUCCCGGGAGGGGUUCUGUGUUCCUGAGUCCCACUGGGGGAGGAGGAGUCUCAGUUAUACUGAGGAGAGAUCGGACCAAUCAUAA